AUGUCUUCCCAACAUUUCUGUACUCCUUCGACCUCAACGUUAACGAAUUCACCAACUCAAACUCAUUCAUCGACUGAAUCAUCGACGGAAUUCAGAGGUGGUAGUUACUCAUCGACCCUUCCUCAGAAUUCAUCGACCUUAUCCGAUGAUUCAACGACUUCUACUUGUUCUGAAUUGGAUAUCGAGGAUGAUCAGACAAGGACCUGGGCAUUGUGUCCCAUAGGAUACGAUAAGGCCAUCAUGAUUGCCUCCUUUAUCGCGAUCUAUGCCUCGUUGUUUUUAUUCUACGCGCAACAUCAUAUUGUGGUACUAUUGGUCAUGACAGCGUAAGUUUUAACUGUUAAUUCUUUCAAGACUUGAGUUUUAAAUUUUUGAUCUACUAGAAUUUAAAUUUUAGAUUGAUAAUGUUCUGGGUGGUGUGUUUGUUUACGUCGGGCAUGUUGUGUGUGAUCUACUUGAUGCUCCGGAUCUCCAAGAUGGAGCUGGGAGAUGUCCCAGAAGUAGAAACCAUCGUAUCUUCGAUUACCGUACUCGAAACCGUGGUUAUCCGGCAGGAUUCGAUGGACGAACCGGUGGAAGUGAAGGUGUAG